UUACAUGCUAGUAAGCAGCAGAGCUCGCGACGUUACGUCGCCGCCAUUUUGUUUCACCGGGAGUAAAGAAACUAACCUGAAAAGCACCGGCGUGAACAUUUUCCUUUAUUUGAAGCACAUUUCAUACGGCGGAUCAGCAUCGUGCACCCAAGUUUAGAUUCGCAUGAUGUCUGGAGACAUGGCCACAGAUCAUGUAAAUGGGAAUGGUACGGAGGAACCGAUGGACACUACCGCAGCAGUCACCCACUCAGAACAUUUUCCAGCCUUACUGGAAGCUGGUUUACCUCAGAAAGUCGCUGAGAAGUUAGAUGAACUUUAUGUAGCAGGCCUAGUAGCACACAGUGACCUAGACGAAAGGGCUAUCGAAGCUUUGAAAGAAUUCGAUGAGGAGGGAGCUCUGCAAGUGCUGGUCCAGUUCAAAGAGAGUGAUCUGUCACAUGUGCAAAACAAAAGUGCCUUUCUGUGUGGGGUAAUGAAGACUUACAGGCAGCGGGAGAAACAAGGGACUAAAGUUUCAGAUUCCACGAAAGGACCAGAUGAGGCUAAAAUCAAAGAACUCCUUGACAGAACCAGCUACACACUUGAUGUAACAACAGGCCAACGAAAGUAUGGUGGGCCACCACCUGAGUCCGUGUACUCAGGUCCCCAGCCCACUGUUGGAACAGAGAUAUUUGUGGGGAAGAUUCCUCGUGACUUGUUUGAAGACGAGCUGGUUCCUCUCUUUGAGAAGGCCGGGCCUAUCUGGGACCUCAGACUAAUGAUGGAUCCACUGAGCGGGCUGAACAGGGGCUACGCCUUUAUCACAUUCUGCACUAAAGAGGCGGCUCAGGAGGCAGUGAAGCUGUGUAAUAAUCAUGAGAUUCGCCCUGGAAAGCACAUUGGGGUGUGUAUAUCUGUCGCCAACAACAGGCUAUUCGUUGGCUCCAUUCCUAAGAGUAAAACAAAGGAGCAAAUUGUUGAAGAGUUUGCUAAAGUCACAGAGGGCCUCAGUGAUGUCAUACUGUACCAUCAGCCUGAUGACAAAAAGAAGAACCGCGGUUUCUGCUUCCUGGAGUAUGAAGACCACAAAACUGCUGCUCAGGCUCGUCGCCGGCUAAUGAGCGGCAAAGUGAAGGUUUGGGGCAACGUGGUGACGGUGGAGUGGGCCGAUCCCAUCGAAGAUCCUGACCCAGAGGUCAUGGCCAAGGUGAAGGUUUUAUUUGUGAGAAACCUUGCCAAUGGUGUCACAGAAGAGAUCCUGGAGAAGUCCUUUAGUCAGUUUGGCAAACUGGAGCGAGUUAAGAAGCUCAAAGACUACGCUUUCAUUCACUUUGAAGAGCGAGAAGGUGCAGUGAAGGCGUUGGAAGAAAUGAAUGGGAAGGAGCUGGAGGGGGAGCCGAUUGAGAUUGUUUUUGCGAAACCACCAGAUCAGAAAAGGAAGGAGCGGAAGGCCCAGAGACAAGCAGCCAAAACACAAAUGUAUGAUGACUAUUACUACUACCCUCCCCCUCCCCACAUGCCGCCUCCGGUCAGGGGUCGGGGCAGAGGUGGCAACCGGGGCGGCUACGCGUACCCCCCUGACUACUACGCCUAUGAGGAUUACUAUGACUACUACGGCUAUGACUAUCAUAACUACCGCGGAGGCUACGACGACCCCUACUACGGUUACGAUGACUUCCAGGCUCCGGGACGAGGGCGAGGUGGCAACAGGGGAGCCCGGGGCGGAGCUUCUCCAGCCAGAGGACGCGGUGGCGCAGGGGCACCCAGGGGCAGGGCCAACUUCUCCCAGCGUGGCGGACCCGGACCAGGCCGCGGCGGGCGGGGAGCAAGAGGAGGCGUGCAGCCUAGAGGGCGAGGAGGGGUACGUGGUGCUCGGGGUGGCCGCGGUGGAAAUGUAGGAGGAAAGCGCAAAGCUGAUGGGUACAACCAGCCAGAUUCCAAGCGUCGCCAGACCAAUAAUCAGAACUGGGGCUCUCAACCCAUUGCUCAGCAACCGCUCCAAGGUGGUGAUCAUUCUGCAGGGAAAAGGGGUGGAGGCCGGUCCUGAUGUCUCGCUAUGAAGACUGACCAGCGCGUGGCGAAACACACUGCAGGCUGCCAGUGGACGGAAACGGUAAGGUCAACUGUCUCAGUGGUCCGGUGGCAUUCCAGUGUUUUAAAGGAGCAGAACUCCUGAAACUACCACGUGUGAAGAUAAUCAGAAGAGCAAAGCCUGACUUUUUAAAGUUUAGAAUAUGCCCUUUGAGACUGGCUGAGUUCACGAUGGACUUCUUCCUGGAAAAGUCUUUGCACUUUGUGUGUUUGGAGUGAUUGAGUGGAACUUGAUGCUAUGUUUUUGUUGAUUUGAGCUCUUAAACUACAUGAUGGACUUGUCGUGAUAAUCUGUGAUUAUCAGAGAGAAUGCUGAGGUGUGAUCACCUGGUAUGGAAGGACGGGCAUUCCAGGAAAAUGGUUCUUGGAGAACCUAAACCACCAAGGGUCCGUUAUCUACCUCAGUUUCGAGGACUCGCCUGCUCUGUCCCAUUUUUGUAUUUUAGUAAACUGGGGCAGGGGUCACCCCCACCCCUCCACCCUGCUACCCCCCCCAAACCCAACCCAACCUCACAGAUAUGCACGGGCAACAACAGCAGCAUUUAAUGAAUUUUAGCUCUCGGGCUACAGCUACUGUAGUCGUGUUGGCUGAUCCGCCUGAAAUGAGCCUGAACAAGCUUUGCUGUCUUGAUACAUGAACUGAGUGAUGAUGUGGUUUACAGACAAUAAUUUGUUUUGUAAAUGUGAUUUUUCUCUGCAAAAGCCUGGAAAACUCCCAAUCCUUUGUCUUCCACAAUUUGAAACAAAAACGGACGUUUGCUUUGUGUGAAUGAUCACUGACAUCCACUGAGAAUUUAUUUAGAGUCUCUGAGCCGGACUGGAGCAAAAUGAAUUUAUUAACAGGUCUGAAAACAAUGAAACUAAACACAGCAUGGACGGUUUUCAUUGCUAAACAUUUCACACUUCAUGUCACUGAUCAUCAUGACAGAUAUGGUUGUGACAGGUGGAACAAACUGGUGUUAAUUCAUGUCUUUUACGCUUUAAAGGAGUAAAUCCAUCCUCAUACAGGUGGACUUUGGCCACAUUUGUUAAACAUGGCGUCCAAUAAGACAUGUACAGAUUGCUGUAGAUUCACAGUUUCAGCAGCUUGUGUUUCUCAGUGAGGGUUUUCAGGUGUCUGAUCUUCAGUUCAGGCUGUGGCUGUCAAACUCUUCAUAUGGAAAGGCAUUGUGGGAAUCAUCGCUGAGUGACUUGGUUUUAAUGGCGAAACAGUUUGAGGAUGGGUUUCUCCUUUUAGCUCAUUUUAAACAUUGUUAGUGUGUAAUGGCGUUUGGCCUUUUUGUGAAUGAAACGCAGGAUUUUGCAGCUUGUUCUUUUUUACAAAGUUUGUGAAAGAGCCUCAUGACUUUAUCAUAGUGUUGACUGUUGGAUCGCCAGUUUUAAUGGACAACACUUUCUCUUUUCUUUUCUUUUCUUUUUUUUUUUUUUUGCUAACAAGUGUGUUUGCAUUCUUGCAAAUGAAUUGUUUUAUACUGUACAGUGAAGUGAGUUAAACCUAUUUUUGUAAUAAAGUUAUUGACUUUGA